CGUCAGUCAACUGCACAUGCGCAACGAAAUGACAACAAUUAACCCACGGGAAACCGCGCAGCCGCCUCGUCACUUGGAAGAGUUUCACAAAAGAUGGGCUGCUGCUUUAGCAAGGAGGCCGGGCCGGGCCAGACCACCGAGACCAGCAGCCUGCUGCACCCCCCCACCCAGGACGGCCUCCACGAGUCCUUGGAGCAAGUGAGGCAACAGGCUGUGGCCAUGGCUCAGCAUGUGUGCCUGGAGGAGGAAGAAUCCGAGUCGGCCCAGCGGAACCCCCCCGACUACGACCAAGGUCAUCCAGAACUUGACAGAAAAGCGCGUGUGAUUGUUCGCGAGAAGAACCACCGAGCAGCGGUCUCUCACGAGGAGGAUGUGGCUAUUCUUAUCUCGGCCGGCACAAGCGUACAAGCGGACCCGGGAUCUGAAGCAGGCCUGACCCACUCCCCCGCGCACAGCUGUGACCCGGCUCCCUAUAUGGAGGUGCUCAGCCAGAGUCCGGCCAAACAGAACAUUGUGCAGAACGCCACACUCCGAGCAUUGUGGUUCACUCAGAACCACGAGGGCCAGAAGCUCCCUAAGCCUGAAGGAUUUUGGUCCGCUCCAGUCGACGCUGACACUGGGGUCCCGAACUCGGCUCAACAGGUAUCCCUCAGAACCGAGGAUGGCGAGGAAAGCUGUAUUGUCACUACAACACUGGGUCAGGACUUUCAAACGAGGACCCAGGGGUUCUACAGCAUCUGCUCAAUUGAUGACCUGGACCAUGAAGACCCCAGUCGACCUCGAAUGUCUGCUUCACGGACCUCCUCACCUAUCCCUCUUGUAUCUGACCCACUAUGCCUCAGCGGCGGUUCUGGAAAGCUCCCGGAUGCUCAUGUUAGUGACCCACCACCACCAAGUAAGACCUCUGAAGGUGAUCCGUCAACGAUGAAGCUUUCGGACCCUUCAAAGGUUCAAACCUUAAAAGAAGAACCUGUCACUUUCCAGGAGAGCCUAGUGGACUCUGUCCAACGUUCAGAACCAACCAGUGAAAGUCCCAAAGAAGUCCAUUCCAGUGACAUCCCAGAGCAGCACAACGUGGAGGACCUCUCAUCACUGCAAGGUGGAGUUUUCAGUGCAAGUCCAAGUGGGCAAGAUGAUGUCGUCCACAGCAGCUCGGCUCUCGCUGAAGUAUCCUCUCUCUGGACCGUCUCCACACCGCCUCUUGAAGACCCCAGUUGCCCUCGAACGUCUGCUUCCCGGACCUCCUCACCUAUCCCUCUUGUAUCUGACCCACUACGCCUCAGCGGCGGUUCUGGAAAGCUCCCGGACGCUCAUGUUAGUGACCCACCCCCACCAAGUAAGACCUCUGAAGGUGAUCCGUCAACGGUGAAGCUUUCGGACCCUUCAAAGGUUCAAACCUUAAAAGAAGAACCUGUCACUUUCCAGGAGAGCCUAGUGGACUCUGUCCAACGUUCAAAACCAACCAGUGAAAGUCCCAAAGAAGUCCAUUCCAGUGACAUCCCAGAGCAGCACAACGAGGAUGACCUCUCAUCACUGCAAGGUGGAGUUUUCAGUGCAAGUCCAAGUGGGCAAGAUGAUGUCGUCCACAGCAGCUCGGUUCUCGCUGAAGUAUCCUCUCUCUGGACCGUCUCCACACCGCCUCUUGAACUAACUGCUUCGUCCCACCACAGCGCUCUGACCACGUCCCCCUGGGGUCCCGUGUCCACAUCUGAAGAACCUGAUGAAGAUGUGAGUGUACCAAUCAGUUCACCUGUUCAAGUCCAGGUCACCUCAGAGAGUUCUGGACCACGUCAUGGGUCGGAACAAUCAAGCCCUUGUGAAUGCCCGAGCAUGUUUUCCACAUCCGUGGAGGAGACCGGCAUGAAGGUAGAAGGUCCACAGCAAGAGAGUCCUCAAGAAGAACUUGCAAAUGGACCUUUGUGUGAUGGAGAGGACAUGAUGACUUCUGACACUGAUAUCGUCCAAGUGGACACCUGUGCAUGUUCAAACGGAACAGGUGUUCUGGAUGAGGUUUCCACCCAGCAGCGAGGCCGCGGCUUCCUAGUGGAGCCGCACCAGCUGGACAUUUAUGCCUCCACCCCCUCCUAUGAAAUUCCCUUCCUGGGUCAGGAGGUACCGGCGCCCGCCGAGGAAGGCGAGUGCGAAGGUGGGAUGAGGGAGAUGGUGUCGGACCUGCUGGGAGAGGACUCCGACCCCUCCGGGUGCCACCUGGAUCCCGAGUCCUGGAUCAGGCCCGCUGUGGAGGGCGAAUGCGAAGGAUGGGCCAAAGGGGCGCCGCCAAGCCAGGGAGGGAUGGGUGCAGAGGUUCUGUUGGGAGCGUUCCCAUACGGCGCCAUGAUUCCUCCGGUGCCGUGUGAGUGGGCGUGGCACACAGGGAACUCUCCAGCUACCCUGAACCCGGAUGCUGAGGUGUGGACCGGAUGCGACUACAAGUUCCUGCAGGCUCCGGAGCCAUGGAUGCUCCUCCCUCCCCAGCAGACGUUACUUCAAGUAGGCGACACCAGCCUGGCUCAGAUUGACGCGUGUCCCGUAGUGGCGGAGAACCACAUCCAACCAGAGCCCGACACAGAUGCUCUGAUGGAACAGCUGAGGUCUGUGUUGGAGUUCUGUCUCAGCAGGGAGCACCUGGCCAAAGACUUGUACCUUCAGUCUCAGAUGGAUGACGACCAGUACGUCUCCAUAGCAACCUUGGCCGGCCUGGACGCCGUCAAGCACAUAAGUGCGGACCUUCAGCUUAUCACGGAUGUUGUCAAAACGCUGCCGCAUGUUCAGAUGGCGCCUUGCGGACUGAAAGUGCGACCGAGUCAAAGUCAGUACGUCCUCAUCCUGCGCGAGAUCCCCAGCACCACAUCCCGCGAGGAAGUAGAAGCACUCUUCCGUGACGAAAACCUGCCCAAGUUCCUCAGCUGUGAGUUUGUCAGCAGCGACAACUGGUUCGUCACCUUUAGGUCGGAGGCCGACGCCCACCAGGCUUUCAAGUACCUGCGAGAGGAGGUGCAGGUGUUUCAGGGGAAACCCAUCAUGGUGAGGAUGAAGGCCAAAACCACAAUGUUCACUUCCCGUGCGCCCGCCAACGGCUACAGCCCGGCCCAGGUCAACAUCAUGGGCGAUCAAUCUUUUCUGCCCCCGGCCGCCUACCAGCAGAUGUACGAUUUUGCCUACCCCGCCUGGUCCGAUUCGGCAUACUCCGAUGGUGCUGAGCCGCCUGAACUCAAUGACGCUCUGAAUGGGUUCCCAGCAGCUCCUCGCUUCAAGCCUCACGUCCCACGCAGGAACGGCAGGAGGGGCGCAAGGACGUCCAGUUUGGAUCAACUCACAAAUCAGCACUCCUUACACCCAGCGGAGCAGACCUCAGAAGAACGCUCCUCCUUCUCGAGGUCGGGUCGGGGUUGGUCGAACUCUCGAGGAAAUGCGUCUCAUCAUAACAGAAGGUCUUUAAAUGGAAACCGGGGGAGAAGAGAGAACCCACGUUCGGGUGCAAAAACGUUGCGUCACAAAACCUCAUCGCCUCCCCGCCAGCCGUCCCCCAUCGAGCUCGGCGUCUCAAACUUUCCUCCGCUCGGUGUGCAGAAGAAUAGCGAGCCAGCGGAACCUACAUCCAGCAGCCCCCAGGAGAUCCCCAGUGAGCCCCUUAAGAAGCUGAGCUACGCCGCGAUCUGCCAGAGGUCUUCGUCCGACGGGUCAGCGCUGCCUGCUGAAUCAGCCUCAGAAUCUCCCUCUGCCCCUUUGUCACAGUAAUUAUGUGGGAGAGGGGACACGUUGCUGCUGAAACAUGCAUCAUCUUGAUGAAUACAGGUUAUGUAUUUGGAACAGAUGAUAAUCAGAUGUUUUGUAUUAUUACUGCAACAGCAUAUUGUAUUGCAGUAUUACAAUAUACACAAAGCAUUUUUUUAUGCUUAUGGAUCUGUCAUUGGUCUAUCAAUCUAUCUUAACCACAAAAUGUUUUGUAUACAGUCAUCCCACGUUUAUGGCUCUUAAUUGGUUCCAGCCAUGACCACGAUAAAUGUAUUCCCAGAAUUAUAAAUCUGAUAUUUUCAUAGCAAGCAUCAAACACCUACUUAUGACUUUUUAGAUACAUUUUCCAACAUUGUGAGAGCCCUCUGGACAUGAAAUGACACCCGUUAGUCACCUUUACAGGCUUUUAAUCCAAAAUAGUAAUGCUGUUUGAGGCUGAGCCAAUCAGUGGCCAUCAACUAAACAGCGCGCUCUGUUUGGGUUGGUCUACUUUAGUGGCCAAUACUACUGUAGUAUUGAAAAUGUUUUUAAAUUAUUUAGCCUAAUGAUUGCAAACGCUUAAUUUAGGACCGACUAAUUGUACAAUAUGCCUUAAAAAUAAAAUCUCCCUCCAAAAAAUAUGCAAUGUUUUGUAGCCGCAAUAUUGUAUAUUGUACCAAAUCAAAGAAUGCGGGGGCCAGUUUGGUAUUUUUCACCUUUAAAUGCUUUACAAUGCAUAUUUUAAUUUAAAGAACUAAAACAUGCAAUUUCAGUAAAGGUUUCGUGUGGAUGCUGAUGAGCCAAAGCCAAACUGAAAUGCUAACAGUUUGCACGCUUGCUAGAUAACGUCAAUUAACAAAAAAUGUUAGCAAAAUGAGCUAAAACGAUAGCAAGCUUACAGUUAGCAUUAACGAAAG